AUGGUGUCAUGGAAAGGGAUAUACUUUGUACUUGCACUAUUCUUGGGAAGCUUUUUUGGAAGCAUAUUCAUGCUGGGUCCUUUUCUACCUUUGAUGUUUAUCUCACCGGCCUGGUAUCGCUGGAUCACCGAUUGUGUUGUGGCCACUUGGCUCACGCUCCCAGUGGCCUUGCUGGAAAUGGUGUUUGGUGCCAAGGUCAUUGUCACUGGUGAUGGAUUUGUUCCUGGAGAAAGGAGUGUCAUUAUCAUGAACCAUCGCACACGAAUGGACUGGAUGUUCCUCUGGAACUGCCUGCUGCGAUACAGCUACCUCAGACUUGAAAAAAUCUGUCUCAAAUCCAGUCUCAAAAGCAUUCCAGGAUUUGGCUGGGCGAUGCAGGUUGCUGCCUUUGUUUUCAUUCAGAGAAAGUGGGAAGAUGACAAGAGUCACUUUGAAAACAUGCUGGAUUAUUUCUGUGAUAUUCGUGAACCACUACAGCUUCUCAUCUUUCCAGAAGGAACUGAUCUCACAG